AUGGAUGUGCCCGUGGCGGCGAAUGUGCUUGGAACGUUGGGUGCUGUACGCGUCAUUCUUACUGUCACCAGUAUGAGUACCCUACUGAUCUCAGGUGUGCUGGUCAAUCCAAGUGAGAGGAUUGCUGCAAGCAUCGAAGCCCCAUCACUAACAUGCGUGUACAACAUUGCAGAGAACUACAAUAUCGCACUCAGGAUCCAGCCGCAAAUACUCACACUCCUGAGCCUGGUGACCUGGAUCCAAUGCUAUUACUAUGAACGGCGUUGGUCGGUUCUGCGUUGCCUUGCAGUCAUCACCCCCGUGGCGUGUUUGAUCGCCGCUGUUCAAGCUGGGCUCAUCAUUGCCGUGAGACAUGCAAAGCAGAAAGAUCUACGUUGGCCUGCCAUCUUGAUGGCUGUUGCAUCGGCUGCUUUGCUCGCUGCGGGCGUACUUCGACACUACGUGGAUAUCUACUUGUACCGCACCGUGCGCGGUAUAUCUUUCAUCUUUGUCGGGAUCGAUGCUCUCGGUGAUGUCUUCUCUCUCGUGUCUGUUGUGUGCCAACCUAAGCUCGACAUCCUCGGUAUUGUGAUAUACGGCACAGAGCUGGUACUCUGGAUAGGCAGCUUCCUUUGUGGAGCUCACUACAACCUCAGAGCCCAUAGUGCUGCUCGACGAUACCGGAAGAGGGGAACGCAGGUGGAGAGUGAGCGCAGCCCGACGGUGCUGGCCCAGAAUACCGAACAUGAGACGGGCGUGGCAUCUGGAGUGACACUACACAAUCUGCCGUCGAGUACCUCUGUCUUCAGGACGCCGUCUAGCGACAUGGAGGCAGUCCGACAGCGCAGCCAGAACUCAGUGAAUGACGGCAACACAAUGGCACGCAGAGUCGCACGGCCGUUUGUUUCCAGCGCAAAGCGUUUGCGGUGUGGUGACUGCGUCCUGCUGUCUGCCUACGACGCCCUCGAUCCCACAAUCCCAAUCCACCCCCCCGUCACCUUACAACAACACACGCAGCCCACAAAUCUCGGUUCCAAGACGACAGCAAUCCCACACCAGAGUAUCCGAAUAUCCCACAUCUCUCAAGUCAAGUAUGUACUUCACCAUUCACCGUCCUGGACGGCGGACAUUAACACACCCGCUACAGCUGCAGACAUCAACAUGUCGGCCACCACCGUCACCAAGCUCACCUCCAUGGGCUCUCAGUACUCGCGCUCGGGUGCUCCUUCGGUUCUCAACCCGACGCCCAAUACUGAGUACCACGACGACGCUGAGGGUGCCGUGCCUGACAUCGACUUCGCAAAUGUCACUGAGAUCCUCGCACCCUACCAGUGGCUGCUGAACGAGACUGCCGACGAUCCGCGCUACCCAUCCCCUCCUAUCAACACACCAACUGCUCUUUCCCCAGCGCCCUCUGUCGUCUCACGUUAUCGUGUCCGUAGUCUCAGUGCUGUCAAUGAUAGGCUCGAUAAGCUGAAGAUGGACGACCGCAAGCACGCUCGCCGCGACGCCGAUGGAACUUGCAGCAGCCCCUCCGUCGAUCCUUCGAUUGUCGAAGACGACGAGCAGGAGAUGGCAAGCAUACCAGAGGUGCUGAGCGAUGCGGGCAAGGACAAGUCUUUCUUCCGUCAGCACAGUAUGUCGCUCCCCCCUUUGAUCAGCCCCCCUCUUGUCAGCCCCACGGAUGAUGGCUCAGUAUACAUCGCUCUAGGCUCUCCAAUGGUGAACCCGCGCAUUGAGGAGUACCUGUCCUUCACUUCGAAAGACCUGCCGACCAAGGCGCUUUCGGGGUGUGUUCCCUCCACUCUUGGCGAGAACGGCAUAUCCUUCAAUGCCACUGUCGGUCCUGCGAGCAGUCGCAACAGCAUGAAGAGCGACGGCGUCACCGAGAAGAGCAACUGGGCUGAGGAUGUCGAGGACAAUGUCAACCAUGUCUGCCUGCGUCUCGAGCAGUUGGCUGAGGACGAGCACGUUGCCGAUCCAAGCAAGAGCGUGGACGAGUACUACGUUGCACGUCUUGAGCGCCUUCUUGGCAGCUGCAAGCGUGCCAUUCCAGUCAAGAUUGAGAAGAUCGAGGCUGUUCCAUGUUCUCACCAGGAGUAG